GGUCCGUGGUUCGCUGCGGGUGUGGGAGUGGAGGCCCGGCUGCAACCGGAAGCGGUGGCUGCUCCGGGUCCGGUCGGCUCAGGUGGGCGUCCGGGCGCCCAGCUCCGACAUGACCAACGAGCUGGACAUCUUCGUGGGGAACACGACCCUCAUCGACGAGGAUGUGUACCGGCUCUGGCUGGACGGAUACUCGGUGAACGAUGCCGUCGGGCUGCGGGUGCGCUCGGGCAUCCUGGAGCAGACGGGGGCCACGGCGGGCGUGCUGCAGAGCGACACCAUGGACCACUACCGCACGUUCCACAUGCUUGAGCGCCUGCUGCAUACACCACCCAAGCUGCUGCACCAGCUCGUCUUCCAGAUCCCGCCGUCCCGGCAGGCCCUGCUCAUCGAGAGGUAUUACGCCUUUGACGAAGCCUUUGUCCGGGAGGUGCUUGGAAAGAAGCUGUCCAAGGGCACCAAGAAGGACUUGGAUGACAUUAGCACCAAGACCGGGGUGACCCUCAAGAGCUGCAGGAGACAGUUUGACAACUUCAAGAGAGUCUUCAAGGUGGUGGAGGAGAUGCGGGGCUCCCUGGCCGGCAACAUCCAGCAGCAUUUCCUCCUUUCUGACCGGCUGGCCAGGGACUAUGCUGCUGUCGUCUUCUUCGCUAACAACCGCUUUGAGACGGGGAAGAAAAAGCUGCAGUAUCUGACUUUUGGGGACUUGGCCUUCUGUGCUGAGCUGAUGAUUCAAAACUGGACACCCGGCGCUGUGGACUCUCAGGUGGAUGACAUGGAUGUAGACUUGGACAAGGAAUUUCUUCAGGAUCUGAAGGAGCUCAAGGUGCUGGUGGCUGACAAGGACCUUCUCGAUCUGCACAAGAGCUUGGUGUGUACCGCUCUCCGAGGGAAACUUAGCGUCUUCCCAGAGAUGGAAGCCAACUUCAAGAACCUGUCCCGAGGGCUGGUCAACAUCGCCUCCAAGCUCACCCACACCAAGGACGUGCGGGACCUGUUUGUGGACCUUGUUGAGAAGUUUAUAGAACCGUGCCGCUCCGACCGCUGGCCGCUGAAUGACGUCCGGCUCUUCCUGAACCAGUAUUCAGCAUCGGUCCACUCCCUAGAUGGCUUUCGGCACCAGGCCCUCUGGGAUCGUUACAUGGUCACCCUUCGCAGCUGUCUCCUUCGUAUGUAUCAUGACUGAGGAGCCUCGGCCCGCCCUGCAGGACAGCGCAGCCCUUGUCUCUAGGGCCAGGACACCCUGCCCUGCCUAUGGGAGGGGGUGAAGGGUGAACCUAGGCCCAGAGAGGGCAGCUCAGCCCACCGUCUCCCCUGCUGGCAGGUGGGAGCCCAGGCCCAGGAUAAAAUUGGGGCCCCUCCUGCCCUCCUGCAGGAAUGGGGAGCUGCGGCCCAGGGUGGGGAGCUCAGCCCCUGACCCCAAGGUUCACCAGCUCCCUGGCUCGUGUGGGCCAAAGCCCCUCUUUGUGCUGAUAAUAAAUUGGCAGACCUGGGGUGAGCCCUGACUCUG